AUGAGUACUCGGCAAUUUACUGGGGUUCUCAUAAAGGACGGGGCGAUGGGUACACUUCUGGAGUCAUGGGAUGUCGACUACGCCAAGGCAGGAUCAAUGUGGUCUUCCUCCGUUCUUCUUUCAGAAAUGGAUUUGGUUAAACGUGCCCAUCGGGCAUACAUUGAUGCUGGAUGCGACGUGCUCUUAACGUGCACCUACCAAAUGCAUGAAGAGGGAUGUGCGGCGUCAAAAGUGACCAUGUGUGAGCUGGUGGACCGUGCAGUCCAGGCAGCACGUCACACCAUGCCACAACGAAAACAAAAAGGAUUAACCGAGGAGAGCACGGCAAAAGAAAGAAGGACUGGCGGUAUUGAUGUGUUUCGUUAUGCACUUUCUUCCAUCAAAGACAAUGGACAGGAACGAGUUGUUUUGUUGGCAGGGAGUCUGGGGCCGUAUGGUUCCUCCUUGCCAGGGGGACAGGAAUACCUUGGCGAAUACUCCAUACAUGAAGCCGUCAUCAAUGCGUUUCACGCCCGCCGGUUAGAAGCGUUUCUGUGCAAUGUGGGUGAGAAGCAUGCGUUCAAGGUGGACUUCCUCUUGCUGGAAACUUUUCCACGUCUGGAUGAGGCGCUUGGUAUCCUUUCUUUUGUAAAUCAACACGAAAUUCUGCGUACUGCGCCUUUUUGUUUUAGUUUUAUCGCGGUGCCUGUAAAAAAUCCCCUUCCCGAGAACGCGGAUGAUGACGCCCUGGACAACUGGUGGAACGCCGCCGCAUCAUCCAUUCGACUUCCAGACGGCAACACAUUUGAGGGAGCGCUUUCUGAGUUGCGGGGGAAUUGUGGGACGGCACUGGUGGGCAUGGGGUGUAACUGCAGUGGUCCACUGGAGGUGAGUCUUGUGGCAACUGCUCUGCUUCACAAGAAGCGUCAAGACACGGAAGGGCCAUUGGUGCUCCUGCUUUACCCAAACUCGGGCGAAAAGUUCACGGAUGGACAGUGGAAGAAGCCACUUCAGCAGAUACAGACAUCAGCGGCAGAAAGGUUAUCCAUGCGGGACCUAAAGCGAAUAUUAGCACGAGGAGGUGGGAAUUUGAUAACAUUUAUGAAGUUUUUACUACAGUUGCUGCAGCAACGUCCCGAGGCAACGGAUUGGUUGUUUGAAAUUAUUGUUUGCGGCGCCUGUUGUCGAUCUACACCGGAAGAUAUUGCGGCCUUGAAUCAAGUGGCACGGGAGGAACCCUAUUUGCAUGCUUAA